AUGGUUAUCAACACAGCGAAAAAUGCAUUCCAAGCAUUUUCUUUGGCCCGUCACAGCAUAAAUCCGCUUCUAAUAUACAAGGAUACNAAAUCUCACCCUUCACAAACACUCCUAUCACAGGGAGCUGUCACAAACUGCUCCCUUUUCAACGUCUUCAUCAAUGACAUAGCUGAACUGGGACAGAAAGUUACGGACAUCAAGUGCUUACUUUAUGCAGAUGAUCUUGUUCUCAUCAAGUGCUUACUUUAUGCAGAUGAUCUGAUGAUCUGGUACUAUGGUAUUCCGGGCUUACUUUAUGCAGAUGAUCUUGUUCUAUGGUAUUCCGCAUCUAAGAAAAACGCUCAGGAGAGGACAGAAAGUGCCCUAACUCCGUGCACUUAA